AUGACGAUUCCUCCAACAGCCAAAUAUUUUAGAACAAAUCACCAGAACAAUGUACCUCUCCUCGAAGGACCAGCUCAAAAAUACGAUACGAUUUCAAUUCCGGAUUCCCCUAUUAUACUAUCAGACUCCGAAACAUUUUAUCGUAUCAAAGUAUUAUUGUUUGCACCGAGCAAAACGUUCGGAGUCUACAGUAGGCUAAAGUCAAACGCUAGAACUCUAGUCCAAAUAUCCAACACAAACACCAAAAAUGCAGAGAAUCGUAGGAAUGGAUACCGAAGCGAAUUUUCGGACGAUUGUGGCGUCUGGAAUUCUAAGAAAGGCACAUCUCCUAAAACGUUUUAUUUUGUGGAAGAAGGUUGUAGGCCCAAAAAAGUUUUUAAAAAAGCGGGACAAUUUUGCAACGAAAAAGAAAUCAAAGGAAGAAGAACCUACAAUCCAUUAAUCCCACAACCGAGUUCUGAACAAUUGCUCGAAAUACAACGUUACUACGCGUCUCUGAAAGGAACUAAAAUGUUUAAAAAACGUGUCACGUGUAUACUGUCAUCGCCGACAUAUCUAUUAAAGGUCAAAGAUGAAAUUGCUCUGGUCGAGUUUGUCGGCAGUAAUCAAGUGAAAACCAUCCACCUCAAUGCAAAAACUCUCGAGAAAAUUUCACAAGAAUUGCAACAAAAGAAGCCGAGAGAGGUUUACAAUGACUUUCUCCUACAAGACAAAGUAUUAGUACAAACACCGAGGAAUCUUUGUCAACUGUACUCUAAAAAGCACAACGACAAAAAAACAACCAUAAUGGUCCUGUCGAAAAUCUAGUUGACAGAAUGCUGCGUGUUGUUUCCCUGUGUCAGCAGGAACCAAUGGUUCGCUCCGUCACUUUUACCAGUAAUGGUAUCGGUGUGACAAUAUUCAGCGACGAUCAAAUCAGCGACAUUAAACGAUUUUGCUGUACAGGCCGAACGCCACUAACUGUGGACAAAACUUUCAAUCUGUGCGAGAUUCAUGUGACAGUGACCUCAUUUAAGAACUUAUCUGUAACAAAUAAAGCAACUGGGGAACCACCAAUUAUGCUCGGACCUUUAUACAUUCACUCGUCAUCUAUUGCAAAAUGCUAUAAUCAAUUUUUCUCAUUACUUUCCGGUGCUUUGAACGACGUUGAUACAAAAUUACUGACAAUAGGAA